AUGGGAGAAGAGAAGAAAAGUGAGGAUAGAAACGUAGCUUCUGAAGAAGUAUUAGAAAAUCUCUUUGAGUUAUCCCAGACACUGAACACAGGAUUAUCUAAGGAGACACUCUCUAAUAGCUUAGAACUGAUAGACGAUGGUUUAGAUCCGUCUACUUUGGCUGACGUUAUACUAGCACUUAGAGAUGGGGAAGAUCAAUAAGAUGGUGAUACUCUAUGAUAUAUCGCAUAGUUCUACACAAACACGCUUCUUGUACUCUAACCACCAUAUUAU